UUCAUAUUCGGUUUCAGACAACUAGUCGCGUGUCCGUAGCUUGUUUCAUGCUGGAGCGAAGAAGCACCCUCUUGCCGUAUUCUUCGUCACAUCUUCUUGGGUUCGCGAUUGUAUCAUCAGAGUUGCACGCAUUCCUUGUGCGCAAUGUCUUUCGCAACUGGUUGCGUGUUAACGACAGUCGCAGGGGGAAAAUAUUCGACGGUUCCACCAAACACUUUAUUUUCUGCACGGUAUUACAUAGCUCGCUGUGCUGCCCCGCCGGACAUCAUCAUUAUGUGGUGUCGGGCAGGGACACACACAUUGGCAUUGUCGGGCAGCAGGCUUUUCCCAUUUUUUUGUUUGGCAGCCUUUGGAAGUUCCACGCGGCAACGUGCAUUCUACCGCCGGAAGCAGCGAACUAUUGUGCGGACCAAGCAGCUGGAGGGAAAAACAGCACCACAGGCCAUACUUGGCGAUGCACCUGUGAGGCAAACUACCACUGACAAGGUCGUCACCCCUUUCGAGGGUCACGGCAGGAGAACCGAUCGCAUCGGCAAGCAUGAUUUCCACGUGGAGGCGAGCGGCGAACAUACGGUGGCCGUGCCAUUGCCGCUUCGCGAAAACGUUGCGGCCUCGUUGACGAAGUACAUGCAGUUGCCGGCCAGCCAGUACGCACUGAUACCACUGCCAUUUGGUGCAUCGUUGGAGCGAGUCCGUGAACGGCUACCCCUCGAGGGCGGCGGGGAACUUUUUGAGUUGAUCGUGCCGUAUGUUAAUAUUCCUGGUGUGGUUUCAGUGCAGCCCGUCGUCAUGUGUACCGUGCGGUCACUCCCCGACCAAGUCGUGAUCGAGGGGACGGAGUGCACACUUCGUGGUGCCGAUGCCUUCAAGUAUCGUCUCAAUGACCGCUUCUGCUUUUCAGUGCGCGCUACUCUCACUUGGCUGGACGAGGAUUCCACGCGGUCGAUCGACAUAGCUUCAACUAUCAAAGUGGAUGUCGACCCACCGACCAUUUUCCGCAAACUCAUGCCCAAGAAAUGGUUAGAACAUCUAGGCAGUACAAUGGUUGGUGCAACGCUUAGGUAUCUUCAGGGCGGCUUCAUUCGUUCCUUAGCCAAGGAAUAUUUGGCUUGGGAGGCCGACCCAGACCAUCGUGAAGCGCGUGCUCGCUUACUCUGAUAGCUUGCGGAUCAGCUUUCGGCACGCCUGGCGGAGUGAUCAAACCGCGAUCCCCGAAAUCAUCCCCCCC